AUGCAAGCGGGUCAUAUUCUAUUGGGGAGACCCUGGCAAAUUAAUAGGAAGGUUACAUAUGAUGGGUAUAGGAACCGGUAUAGCUUUAUCAAAGAUGGGAGGUCCAUUACUGUUGCGCCAUUAACACCGACUCAGGUGUAUGAAGACCAAAUAAAAUCGAGAAAUGAGAGAGAAAGGCAAGCAAGAGAAUCUACAAAAAUGAGAGAAAAUAGUGAGCCUGUGAGUAUGAGAGAAAAUAGCGAGGUGGCCGAGAAGGAGAGGAAGAGAGAAAGGCCACAUGAGAGGAGAGAAAAAGAGUCAGUUGAGCGGAGAGAAAAAGGGUCAGUUGAGCGAAGAGAAAAAGAGUCAGCUGAACGGAGAGAAAAGCCAAAAGUGAACUAUUUUGCGAGGGGGAGUGAAUUAAAAAAGGCUUUGAGUGAUAAGAGACGAGUGUUGUUGUUAGUUUACAAGGACUCUCUCCUCUCCCUUGAGGAGUCUAACACCUCCCUCCCUAGCGUAGUUAAGUAUUUGUUACAAGAGUUCGAAGAUAUGUUUCCGGAGGAGGUGCCAAGUGGAUUGCCACCAGUUCGAAUGAUGGAGCACCAAAUUGACUUCAUACCCGGGGCUGUCAUUCCAAACCAACCAGCUUACCGAAGCAAUCCCGAGGAGACGAAGGAGCUUCGGAGACAAGUGAAGGAGUUGAUGAGCAAAGGUUACGUGAGGGAGAGUAUGAGCCCGUGUGUUGUUCCUGUUCUAGUGGUGCCAAAGAAGGAUGGGACUUGGCGAAUGUGCGUGGACUGCAGAGCUAUCAACAACAUUACAAUAAAGUAUCAUCACCCUAUUCCUAGGCUAGAUGAUAUCAAAGUCCUAGGUGAACAUUUAGAACAUUUAAAGUACGUGCUUGUUGUGUUAAGAAAGGAACAAUUGUAUGCUAAUUUUAAAAAGUGCACGUUUUGCACGGAUAGAGUUGUUUUUCUAGGAUUUGUUGUUAGUGCUUAUGGGGUUGAAGUGGAUGAGGAAAAUAUUAAAACUAUUAAAGAAUGGCCAACACCUAAAAAUAUAACUGAGGUUAGGAGCUUCCAUGGUCUGGCUAGUUUUUAUAGGCAGAGGAUAAGUAUUGAAGCGGUGUUAAUGCAAGAAAGGAGACAUAUUGCUUACUUUAGCGAGAAGUUGAGUGGAGCUGCACUAAACUACCCAACGUAUGACAAGGAGUUGUAUUCCCUUGUUCGAGCAUUGGAGACUUAG